AUGACGCUACUGGUCGCAUUGCACAAUGACAUCCAAAAAGUAAUGAAGUGUUUAAAGUCGGGUGAGGAUCUGGACGUACCAAGAUCAAUUGCUCAUGACCGUGGUAGAUGGAAGAGAAUGAUCAAUAGCAUUAAGUUAAUUAAAUCAGAGGCUCUUGGAAUUGCUCGAAUUGUAUUUCAAACUAUUUAUCACUGUGAAAUGCCAAUGUCGAGUCUGACUUUUCUAAAAAAUAUAGAAAUAGACUACGGGAAUUACAGAUGGAUUUUUGUAUGUCUAUUUUUACUUCCGGCGUCAAUUAUAUUUGACUUAUUUUUUGCAAUUUAUGAAAAACUCUCGUUUUUUUUAACAGCGAACAAAUCGGAUCACAACGAUAACGUUAAUAAUGUCAUAAGACAAGUCAGACAAUGGAACAACGAAGGCCGGAAAAGAUUCAUGUGCACUUCUAAGCCUUCAUGGAAAGCAGUCAGCGUAAAGGACUCAAAAUAUAAAUCUAAAUACUACAAAAUAAACGUCGAUUUGAAUAAUAUUAUCCGAGUGAAUAAAGAAAAGUUAACUGUGGAAGUAGAACCUCAAGUAACUAUGAAACAAAUUUCCGAAUAUCUUAGCCCAAUUGGCUUUACAUUGGCAGUUUUACCAGAACUCGAUGCAUUAACUUUUGGGGGUCUUAUUUUGGGAACGGGAAUUGAAUCCUCUUCUCACAUUUAUGGAUUAUUCCAGCAUUGUGCGGUUUCUUAUGACAUUGUAACUUCAAACGGUGAUUUGAUUACAUGUUCUAAGGUUUCAUAUGUUAAACUUAGUCAGGAUGAUAAACCGGAUUUGUUUUAUUCGAUUCCAUGGUCAUAUGGGACUUUAGGUUUUCUUGUAAGAAUUGAAGUCGCUAUUAUUCCUUCCAAAAAAUACGUCAAACUAACAUAUGAACCACUCUCGACCAUAGAAGACAUUUGUAGGCGUUUUUCUCAGGUGUCUACUGAGCAGAAUCCUCCGCAAUUUAUUGAGUGUAUUUUAUUUGAUCGAAAUCAUGCUGUUUUGAUGUCAGGUGUUAUGAGUGAUGGUGACCCUACACUCCCGGAAAUUGUUCCAUUUGGAAAUAAUGUCUUAUUUCGAUAUCUGUUUGGUUGGGUUUACCCAUUAAAGAUUUCAUUACUGAAAUUGACUCAAACUAAACGGAUUAAACAAAUCAGUGAGCAACAUCAACUCAUUCAGGAUAUCCUUGUCCCCAUUGAUCACAUUCGUAAUGUCAUAGAAGUUUUGGACGAUAGUAUGAGGGUUUACCCGCUAUGGCUGUGCCCCAUGCUUGUAAAAAAUGAUCCCGGGUUUAUUAAACCGACGGAAACAUGUGAAAUGUUUGUCGAUGUUGGUUCGUAUGGGCCAGUUCAAAGUCCUGGAUUUGAAUGUACGAGUUCUGUGCGUUUGCUCGAAAAAUACCAAAUGUUGUAUAGUGAUUGUUAUGCCACAUACGAAGAGUUCAGACAAAUGUUUGAUCAUAGUCUCUACGACAGUGUACGAAAGGCCUAUUUUUGCGAAGAUGCUUUUCCUGAAGUGUAUGAAAAGAUUAAAAGAUCUGCACGUGAAUAA